UUUUUAUAAAAAUUUUCAAAAAAAUGGUCAAAAUAACCAAAACUACAAAAGAAAGUAAACAACAACAGCGAGUUAUAAACAAAAAUCUUCAAAAAGACAAACUCUCGCCUGAAAAAAUUAUACAAAAACAACGACUUUUGGAGUUGAGUUUUGGAAAAUUGAAUGCUGAGCUGGCCAAAAAAGAUUCUGAUUUGCUUAAUAGUUAUGGAACGAAGAAAAAUAUUUUUAUGGAUAUUCUCAAAAUUCCUCCAGUUAUUGACUUGGGAACUGUUGACGAUAAUAUCAGCAACAAAAGCGGAGCUAACAAUGUUAGCUUACCACGACUACCAACAAAAACACAAAUAAAUACAAAACAAGAACUUGUGAAAGAGUCAUUGUUAAGUCGACAUGGACACGGAGUUGUUUUGUUAAAUUCUCCAAGUAAUACAGAAGAAGAGGAAGAGGGGGAUAUUACUUUAAUUGAAGAGAAUAGUACCAAUAAAAAAUUGAAACAAAAAAUUCCGAAAGGAGGAAAAGUUGAGAAGAAGAAGAAGAAAUUAAUGCCAACUUCAGUCAAAUCUUCAACCUCAAAUCUUCAGUCUUCCCCAAUUAUUUCUUCAACGAUUUUAUCUCGUCAAUCAAAACAGAAAACAGUUGCACAAAUAAAAGAACAAUUGUGUCAUAGUUGUGUUACCAACAUUGAAAACGCGUCAGUUGAGCGUGUUCAAAGUGAUUUGGAUUUGAGACAAAAGCUCCCACAAGUGUCUCAACCAUCAACUAGCAAAAAUUCUGAAAAUAGGCGUUUGAGCUAUACGAGAGAAGAAAUUUUAACUAUUCGCCCUCCAAAACAAGAAAAUUCUGUCGAGGAGUUAUCACUUGAUCAUAAAAUUUUUGCAAGUCGAAUACGUUAUGAACAUCGUUCUUCAAAAAUUGAUUUGUCUAAAAAUUAUAAACUGGUUGGGCUUCGAUAUUAUCAACAAAUUUUGGUAUUUUUUAAAAUAUUUUUUAAUUUUGGGGUAUUUUUGGGGGAUAUUCUUUUAUGUUUAAAUCGGUUUUUAAAUUAUUCAUUUAGUAGUUGCGAUGGCCGAAUAGUUAGGGUGUUGGGUUUUACUGGGGAAUGGGGUGGGUUCGAGUGUUUUUGGGAAAUUUUUCCCAACACAAAUAAAUUCCUUCGAAUACCAUUGUCUGUUGUGUCAUUUAACGUCCUAUGUCAACACUAUGUGAAUGUAAUGUCUCAUUUAUAUCAACAUUUAAGGGGUGCUAAAAGUGCUCAUAAAUUAUGGAAUUCCAGAAAGCAAAAACUUGAGUUAGAAUUUGAUCGGAUUGAUGCAGAUAUUUUUUGUUUACAAGAAGUUCAAGACGUUCAUUAUGAAGAAUUUUAUCUUCCUUAUUUUACAAGCAGAGGAUUCCAAGGCCUUUUUACUCGUAAAACGGGCGGUUUACAAACCCCUGAUGGAUGUGCUAUCUUUUGGCGUCAAUCAAAAAUUACUUUACUUUAUAUAAACCAAGUUUCUUAUAAUUUAUUUAUCCCUCCUACGAUGAAUAGUCCAAAUAUUGGACAAGUGGCUAUUUUUGGAUUAAAUGAUUGUCUAUACAAUUCUUCAGCAUUUUGUAUUUCAAAUACUCAUAUAUUUUUUCAAAUGAAGAAGGGAGCUACAAAAUUGGCACAAAUAGCAUAUUUAUUGGGGCAUAUGAAAAAGGCAGAAACUGAAUUUGUGGCUUCAAUGAAGUUACAAAAAGACCCCAUAAGAAAAUACAAUUUUGUUGGGCAUAUACUUUGUGGUGAUUUUAAUAUUGAACCUACUUUUUUAAUGGAACAAAAAGCUGACUUGCGAGCAAUGUUUAGUAGUACUAUGGCGUUGAGACCGACUUCUAAUACAAUUCCUUCAACUCCGCCAUCAAGUACCAGUAUACCUCUUGCAUUGAUGAAAAUGACCAAAAAUUGUGAACUUGUUGAUUCAAAGGACCCUGUUGAUCCUCAAUUAUUUAUUGUUAAACAAAACACUAGUGACUUUCUAUCUCACGACUUUUCGUUUGCUUCAGUCUAUGAACAUUUUAAUGCUGUUGGAGAGCCAGAAAUCUCCAGUUAUCAUAUGGAAGAAUCUACCCCAGAUUUCAUUUUGUAUACAAUUCCAAAAAAUACUCAAAAAUUUGAAACUUCGCAAAAUGCUUCUACCAGCGCUGAUUCUGACAACAAACAAAAUCAACUUGCAAUCGAAGGAUUUAUUCAAUUGAGAAAACGCCUUUCACUUCCAACCUUAAAUGAAUUGGAAAAAGCUUGUGGAAGACUUCCAAAUGAACAAUACGGUUCUGAUCAUCUUUUAUUAUGUGCAGAAUUUGAUAUUCUUUGCCCUAUAAUUAAGCCUUGA